AUGCCUGGAGCAAUCUUUGAAAAAGUCCUUUUGCAAGUGGCUUCCACAGAGGAGACUGACUCCAAGGAUGCAGCAGAGGGACUGCUAGUGAUGACAGACUCCGAGGAUGAUUCAGAGGACCUUUUGCAAGUGGCUUCCGCAGAGGAGGAGUCCGAGAAGGACACGAGGCGACUCUCAUUUGGUACGACGACUACGGGGGUGCCUGAAGAGGAUGAUGUGCUUCAGGAGCUUGAUGAGUCUGACGAGGGGGAGGAUAUCAUCAAGGUUGAAGAUCAUCCGGACGGAGAUGGCGUUACCCAGGCAUCCGCGCAGCAAGGAUUGCUCAAUGCUGAGUCUGAGGAUGAUUUAGAGGCACCGGAACUGCUCAAGACUGAGUCCGAGGAGAAUCUGGAGGCGGCGAAACCGCAGAUAUCCGGUGAAAGCAGUAAUUCGGACGGCGAGUCCGAGGUCAAGGAAGCGGAAUCCAGGUUUGAAGAGAACUCUUCAAACUCGAAUGAGGUGGAUGGUUCGAAUGGUGCUUCAUGCACUGGGGCACAUCAAUCAGAUUGCACGUGGGCUUGCGAAGUUGCAACAACCUUGCAAACAAGCGAGGGUUCCGAUGCUGUCAAUGGAGUUGUUCAAAUCGGUGCAGCUGAUGCAUGCGCUCCUCAGAGCGAAUCCUUGGAGGCCAAUUUCCUUCCUGAGAUAUGUCUUCACGUGCUGGGUUUUCUUCCUGUGAAAGAAGUGAUGAAACAGAAAGUUCGGGCAGUGUCCAGCAAUUUUGGCUGCCACAAGGUCUGGCUAACUCACUUGUUUCGCUUGGUGGACAUAGAUACACUUCAGCCGCUGAGUGAUGUACCGAUGGCGCGAGAGUGGCAUCCCAUUGAAGAGUUCACAGCUUCGAUGUCGGUGACGCGCGUUGAAACCAACUCGUCAUGGUCUGAUGUCAGAGACAGACUGCUGUCAACGCUGCGACUUCGUGGUGAUUCUUCAGAGGGCCUCCAAGGCUGCUUGCAACUCUGGUUUGGCCCUUCGAAGCGGAUUGUUGGAGGCAAGCACCUCGAAUAUUUCAAUUUCAUCAACGCGAAGACAUUGGCUACUUGCGGGCUUGGAAAGAAGCAGGAGACCUCGACGCCAGGUGGGAUUCAGUGGCCAGGCAGUGCCCUGACUAGAGCUGAGGCAUCGAACGCUGCGAAUACUCUACAAUACUUUGCGUGCUCCUUGACCUUGUACAUUUUCAUUGCAGAAUGUCUGCAUUUGCAGCCGGCUGUACAACUUUUGUUUGUCUCACAGCUGGCACGGCAGCUUGCUGAGCAGCUGGAUUGCGAAAGGGGCUGCUGCCAGCCCACAUGGCGGGUAAGUGGCAAACUGGAAACAUGGAUGCAUUUGCAGCCAGCUGUGAAACUUUUGUUUCUCUCACAGCUGGCACAGCAACUUGCUGAGCAGCUAGAUUGCGAAAGGGGCUGUUGCCAGCCACCAGUCUUUGAGGCCACCGCGCCUCUGUGUUCAAUGCCUCGACCAAUGUUUGAAACAGACCUUUUGCCAGUGGCUUCCACAGAGGAGGAGUCCGAGAAGGACAAGAACAGGCGACUCUCAUUCGGUACGACGACUACGGGGGUGCCCGAAGAGGAUGAUGUGCUUUCCGAGUCUGACGAGGGGGAGGAUAUCAAUAACGUUGAUGAUCAUCCGGACGGAGGUGGUGGCGUUGCACAGGCAUCCGGGCAGCGAGGGUUGCUGAUGACUGACUCCGAGGAUGAUUCAGAGGCGGCGAAGCCGCAGAUGCUCGACAUCAGCAGCGAUUCGGACGGCGAGUCCGAGGCGGAUCAUCCGAAUGGUGCUUUAUGCACUGGGGCACAACAAUCAGAUUGCAAGUGGGCUUGUGAAGCUGCAACAACCUUGCAAACAAGCAAGAGUUCGGAUGCUGUCAAUGGAGUUGUUCAAACCAGUGCAGCUACUCUAUGCACUCCUCAGUGCCAAUCCUUGGAGGCCAGUGUCCUUCAUCAGAUAUUUCUUCACGUGCUGGGCUUUCUUCCCGUGAAAGAAGUGAUGAAACAGAAAGUUCGGGCAGUGUCCAGCAAUUUUGGCUGCCACAAGGUCUGGCUAACUCACUUGUUCCGCUUGGUGGACAUAGAUACACUUCAGCCGCUGAGUGAUGUACCGAUGGCGCGAGAGUGGCAUCCCAUUGAAGAGUUCACAGCUUCGAUGUCGGUGACGCGCGUUGAAACCAACUCGUCAUGGUCUGAUGUCAGAGACAGACUGCUGUCAACGCUGCGACUUCGUGGUGAUUCUUCAGAGGGCGUCCAAGGCUGCUUGCAACUCUGGUUUGGCCCUUCGAAGCGGAUUGUCGGAGGCAAGCACCUCGAAUAUUUCAAUUUCAUCAACGCGAAGACAUUGGCUACUUGCGGGCUUGGAAAGAAGCAGGCCUGCAGAUUAAGAGGAGAAUGGCAGCCUCCUCGAAUUAAGCUUGCCACAUGGCCUGGAAUUUUAUGUGCCCAUGACUUCCGCAGUGAAACAACAGAGACUCAAGAGUUGUCUGUCAAUGAUGAAUGCAUCAGAAGCGGGCAAGCAUCAGAGACAGGAAAAGGCUGAAAGAUACUGAACAAUUGACUGAACGAUUGACUGAACGAUUGUGACAGACUAUUUAUCAAGGGUCCAACAGAAUGUGCAUGAAACAUCCUGAAGAAGGGUUUGUUUCAUUUUAUUUUGUUUUUCAAUUCACACCAAAAGGACCAGUUGUCAAAGUUGUCACCAUGUUUGGUCAACAGGACAUGCUACUGUGACGCAACUUGGAGGCCCACUGAGGUGUACAUAGACUUCGGUAGACCUGCAAGACGCUGAAAGCGAUGAUGUCUACCGGACAAUGGCGGGCG